UCGCCCCGAGGGUUCUUUAGAUCCCCCUCUUUUCUUCUCGUCUCGCUCUGUCUACCCUCCUCUUUCUCGUGAUGGCUUCUCGGAGAGGCACCGGAAGCGAUCUCUGGGCGGAGAUCACAUCCCACGAAGAAGAACAGCAACAGCCACAACCUAAGACUCAAAUCUCCGUGGUCUAUGGGAGAAGAAGAGCAGAACCCACGGACUCUAGAGAUGUACAGAUAAGCCGAUCAAGUAAGGAGAACCGAAUGAGCUUUGGGCCGAGCAAGAGGACUAGCUGGAACCGUUCCCUUUCCAUCAGAGGAAGGGAAAGUAUUGUUGUUGCUGCUGGGGUGAAUCUUAGGCACCAACCUAAACAGAAAGGAGCACCAAGGAUACCGAAGCAGGGUCAACGUGCAAAGAAGGCUGGGCAGGAGCCUCCAGAUUUCACAAAGGAGAAGGCCUACUUCCAAGAAGUUGACUCAUUUGAGCUGUUGGAGGAGAGCCCUUCUCCCAAGCACUUUGGCACUUGGGUCAUGGGCACAAAACAGGACAUUGUUGUGCAUGAUUUACCAGCAAUUUUGGAGAGAUGGAGAAUCUCCAAGCUUGCUUCUAGAUAUGGGUCCUCCAAGCCACUGUUUAAGAUUAUAGAAACACCAUUAAUUCCCUCGUGGCAAAGCAGUUGCAGUAGUUCCAAUGCUUCAAUCGAAAAAACCCCAGAAAGGGCUUCAUGGUCAAGGAUCCCUGUGAAUUUUACUUCUUAUCUGAGAAGCAUUACUUCACAGCCUGCAGAUAACAGUUUGAGGUCAGACUUAAAUGAGAAUAGCAUCCUCACAUCUUUUGAUGCGCUUCACAUAAAAGAUGAAGGAAUUUUGAGUGAAAUUAGUGAAGAUGUGGAAGCUAGGAGGGAAGGUGAUGUAGGUGAAGAGUUAGAAGGAGCAAUAAAGAAGGAUCAAGCAGCUUCACGCUUGACGUCAUUGGGUGGUGAUUGUUUGAGUGCAUUCACCCAACUUCUAAUGAUUUGCCAGCAGUCUGCUCCAGUAAGGUUAUCAGAAGUCUUCUCGACAUAUUGUGACCCAAGUAGUAUUGUCAAGAUUGGUGAAGGUACAUAUGGAGAGGCCUUUAAAGCUGGUGAAACUGUAUGCAAAAUAGUUCCCAUUGAUGGAGAUUUACUAGUGAAUGGAGAAGUUCAGAAGAAAUCUGAAGAAGUGCUUGAGGAAGUCUUGCUUUCACUUACUCUGAAUAGUUUAAGGGGGCAACAGGGAGAAGCUAACUGCAAGAAUGCAUGCACAGGCUUCAUAGAAACGAAAGACUGUCGUGUUUGCCAAGGCGCCUAUGAUGCUGGCUUAGUUAGUGCGUGGGAAAACUGGGAUGCAAAGCAUGGUUCUGAAAAUGAUCAUCCCAAGGAAUUUUCAGAGGAACAGUGUUAUAUCGUUUUUGUACUUGCUGAUGGUGGUAGGGAUCUUGAAAGUUUUGUGCUCUUAAAUUUUGAUGAGGCUCGAGGUUUAUUGGUGCAAGUAACAGCUGCAUUGGCUGUGGCAGAAACUGCAUGUGAAUUUGAACAUCGAGACUUGCACUGGGGCAACAUUCUUUUAACUCGCAAUGAAGUUACAAGCAUGAAUUUCACUCUUCAAGGGAAGAAAAUUAGUGCUAAGACAUUUGGAUUAACAGCAUCAAUUAUUGAUUUUACACUUUCUCGGAUCAACACUGGGGAAGCUAUACUGUUUCUUGACUUAUCUGCUGAUCCUGGUCUCUUUGAGGGUCCGAAAGGAGAUAAGCAGUCAGAAACAUAUCGAAAAAUGAAAGAAGUAACAGAAGAAUGUUGGGAGGGAAGUUUCCCAAAGACAAAUGUCCUUUGGUUAAUGUAUCUGGUAGAUAUUUUAUUGACGAAGAAAUCAUUUAAUAGAACAGCAAAGGAUGAGAGGGAACUUCGAUCAUUCAAAAAGCGUUUAAACUCGUAUGAGUCUGCUAAAGAUUCUCUUUCUGAUCCCUUCUUCAGUGAUUUAUUAUUUGAUCACUUGCUAUGAGCUCAGAGAAGAGAGAGAGAGAGAAAGAGAGAGAGAGAGAGAGAUCUAACAGAUUUGAAUAAAGAACAAAAUUAGAAUGGUAAAUCUGUUGGUACAAAAUCAUGAAUUUAUCCUCAAGAUGCAGGUUGGCAACUGGAUUAAUCCUUUGGCUGGUUCCAAAGAGCAGCUGAAGCAAAAUUAGGUUUAUGUUUUCUCUUGAAAGUGCAAUUUUCCUCAGUUACCAUAUCAAGAUGAGAGUUAGUUGAACACUGGGCAUCUCUCCAAGAGCUUUGAUUUUUUGAGGGAUUCAAGAGUUGGAAUUGCAUUUUCGGCUACAAGUAAUUUCUGUUUUGUGCCUGUAAAUUAUUAAGGUAUAUGCAUGAGCACAUAUGUGUAUAAUCUAUUCACCUGAAUAUCAUGACAAACUGAUUCUGUGACUAA